AAAAUUGUAAAGCAAGAGCACUUCCACACACUUGUCUGGACAAUGGGGCUGUGAAAUAAGGUGUCGUUAAUUAACCUAGUAGCCUAUCCUGUUUAAAAUAAGCAGUGAGUGAAGUUAUUCUGGUUUUAUCCUGAGUUUACCGGAUGGUGAAUGGGACUUAUUACCAGUGGAUGCUCUUCUGAGGGGAUCACGGUCAACACACAGCUUGUGGUGUUGCCUUUCAUGUCCUUUUCAACAAGUCUGUGUACUUGCUGAUGUUUUCUGGAACUUUGCUGUGCCUUCUGCUUUGUGAAAGCCAAUGGUGGGCAUUAAAAUCACCUUGAUUUGGGCCAGUAGUGUUUUGUGUACAUUAGAAGUCGCUGUAGCAGUCCAGCAUCAUCACACUUCUAUCACACAAACUUGCUACAAGUUUUGAAAAUGGAUUUAAAAAAACCCAACCAAAACCAAAAGCCAAACAACAAAAAACAAGCCUCCUCUUGUAGCAAAGAUGUGUCCAGAGUUUGAAGACUCCCUUCUGUGAAAAUCGUGGUUGCAGUUCCUGAGCUUGUCUGUGCAUUUACCGGGUCGACUAGAUGAUUGAGUUUUGUCUGGAUUUUGAACUUUGUUCUGACUGUGCAUUUUUGCAUGCACUCUGGAAAUCUGAACUGUCACUAUCUACAAGUGCCAAGAGAGAGUGGGACUCCUUGCUCCGUCCGUUUGGAUUACAAUGAAAUAGUUGCGACCUAUUCUGCCUGUAGUUGAUGAAAAGACUGUGAUACUCGACAUAAAAUCUACAGCUACAGAAGUUCACUAAUUUGGGCUAUUUGCCAGAAGUCUGAUUUGUGUUCUGUGAAAUCCAGAAAAACAAGCAUUCAGGAGGUUUGAAUGAUAAAGCUAUUUUUUAGAAGUUCCUUGAAGUGCUAACGAUGGUUUCCUGCUAACUUAAAGUUGCUUUCUCAAGUGGGUUUUGAAAGGUUACACUCAGUACGCUAGCAGCAAUACUGUCUUGUGGGCUUCUUUUUUCUUCUUUUUUUUUUUUGCCUUUUUCCAAAGCUUUGAUACGCAAACAAGAUAACCUAAGGUGUUCCUUUUUUGUGUGAUAGACCCACUGCGUUAUACUUUGAACUGAGUAUCGAUUUUCCAGAUUAAGUUUUUGUAUAAACAAAAAAUCCCAAGCCAAAUCCCUUGGUGUUUAUAGUGGCAACCAAAAAGAGAGGUCUGUAUUUCUGGGAUUGGUAAUCCCUUUAUUUAAAAAGCUUAAAAUAUGUUUUUGUUGUACUAAACUUCUCAGUUUCUUCUUAUUACUCCAGGCUCCUGCAUCAGAGAAGCUCCCUGUUAUGUACCUUAUGGAUUCCAUUGUCAAGAAUGUGGGAAGAGAAUAUCUUACUGCAUUUACUAAAAACCUAGUUGCAACAUUUAUUUGUGUAUUUGAAAAGGUGGAUGAAAAUACUAGGAAAAGUUUAUUUAAAUUACGCUCCACAUGGGAUGAUAUUUUUCCUUUGAAGAAACUAUAUGCACUUGAUGUCAGAGUCAACUCAUUAGAUCCUGCUUGGCCAAUUAAACCUCUGCCCCCAAAUGUGAAUACUUCUAGCAUCCAUGUGAAUCCUAAGUUUUUAAAUAAAUCGACAGAGGAAUCCACUGCACCUACCUCUGCUGUCACUUCUGGUGCCUCUACUCCUCCAGCUGUUCCUGAAAUACAAAAGAAUUUGACACAGGAGCAACUGAUAAGGCAGCAAUUGCUUGCAAAGCAAAAGCAGUUGUUAGAACUUCAGCAAAAAAAAUUAGAGCUGGAGCUGGAACAGACUAAAGCACAGUUGGCUGUAUCUCUUAGUGUUCAGCAAGGAUCAUCUACUAUAGCUUCAGUUCCAGCACCUUCCAAGCAACACAUGUCUCCCACACCUCAUAUGACAGUCAAACCACCUCAUCAGACUGCUGUGCAAUCCGAAAAAAACAAACCAUCCCCAAGUCCUCCACUUCAUGAUAUCAAAAUAGUAAAUAGGGAUCCUCGACUUAAUAGGAUGGCUCAACAUUCUUCUCAUGCUAAAGAUCAACCUCAUAGGAAGGAAUUUCCACCGAACACGGCUAGUCAGUCUGAUACCAAGGCAAAUAAAACAACACAGGCUGAAAAACAAAAUUCAACAAAGCAAGAAAAAUUGAAAGCAAGUGAAAAAACACAGAAGAAAGAACUUGACCAGUCAGAAGCAAAAUCUAAAUCACCAUCCCCUUUAAAAAAUAAGCUACCCAAUACUAAAGAUACUAAAACCCAGGAAUGUGAAAGCACAAAAGUGUCUGAAAUUAAUAAGCGGGAUCCAAGACUGAAAAGACAUCUUCAAGAUAAGUCAGAGGGCAAAGAGGAGGAGGUGAAAGAAAAGAGGAGAAGUACAGAGAAAAAAGAAAAAGAGGAACAUAAGACAUGUGAACAUAGACCAGUAGGCAGCAGAAAUAAAGUAAUUAAUGGUGCUGUUCAGAAACAAGACACGACUACAGAGGAGUCAGAAAAACAGGGUGGAAAACAAGGGAGAUCAAGUAGUAGAAAACGGUCACGAUCACGCUCUCCUAAGGCACGGUCACCAUCUACACAUUCUCCAAAAAGACGAGAAAGGAGAUCACCUAAAAGAAGACUUAGGAGUUUAUCUCCCACUUCAUCAACUCCUAAAAUUGGAAAGAUACGUCAGAUAGGCCCUAAGCAGUCUCAUGUUGAAGAAGGCACGCAAGCAGCAAGAGAUGAAAGAAAUUCUAAUAAGAGAAAUGUUAAACAAGAGGUGCGAGAUCCAAGGAGAGUGAAAAAAGCCCAAGAAGACAGGCCCCAAGAAACAGCAAGCCAGCAUUCUACAAAAGCUUCUCCUGAUCCAAAGGAGAAUGCGGAAAACUGGCAAGGAUCCAAAUCAGGCAAGAGGUGGAAAUCUGGUUGGGAAGAAAAUAAAAACUCACAGCAGAGUGAAGAACACCAAGCACUUGGUAAAUCCCCUCACCAAAGACACAGGGAAAACUGGCCUGCUGGCAAAGGAAUUUUAUCACCCCGAGCACCAAAGCAGCAGCACCGGUUAAGUGUGGAUGCUAAUUUACAGAUUCCCAAAGAAUUGACAUCUGCAAGCAAGAGAGAAUUACUUAAGAAGGCCAAUGAACGCUUAACAUCUGGCGAAAUAACACAAGAUGAGUUCCUCAUGGUAGCUCAUCAGAUCCGACAGCUGUUCCAGUAUCAGGAAGGAAAGCACAGAUGUAAUGUCUGGGAUAGCCCUACAGAGGAAAAAUGUGGUUUGAAAAAGAAACCUCUUCUGUCGGAUGCAGAAUUAACAUACUAUGAACAUAAGGCUAAACUGAAAAGAACACAAGUUCAGCAUUCAUUGUCAAGGCUUGAUCUUUUAGAUCCUGAUGAUAUUUUGGAUUAUCAUUUGCCUGAUGCAUUGCUUUCUGGAAUAGAAUGUGAGCAAGCAAAAGCCAAGCGUGGAGUACAGUUUGACAGAAAAGAAUCAUUUGGAGAAAGAUCAAGGAGACACUCUCCUGUAAGUGGCACUAAUAGACCUUUUGCCGAUAACCUCUCACCACUUGAAAGUCGACGAAGACUUGAGGAACAAAACGCUACUAAAGGAGCAAGAGGUUCUAAGAACUUUGAUCCUUAUGACAGCUGGGGAGAAUCAGAUGAAUUUAGAGAUGCUCUCAGACAACAGGGGAAAAGCACAACAGAGUUCCAGAAAAUAGAUGGUGAUGCAAUCUGCAGAUUUGAUAAUCGUGAAGAAAGACAGCUUCUUGGGCAAGCUGGUGUUCGAGAGGAACCAAGAUCACCAUUCAGUGAACGUUUCAAAAGAACAAGGUAUGAAGAUCCAGAAAAAGCACCGUUUCCGGAAAGUCCAGGAUCAAGAUUUGGAGGCAUUGAAGCAAAGCAGAGGAUAAGCGCAUUAAUGGAAGACAGACCUCUAUUUGAUGGCUCACCUAGACAGGCUGCUGCAAGGGUUGGGGUAGAUGGACAAGGAAGUCCUUUUGUUGAUGGUCCUGCUGCUGGUUCAAGUUCAAGAAUUGAUGGGCCACCUGGGCAGGCUGCUAUGAGAUUUGAGGGGCCUUUGGUGGGGGCAGGUGCAUCUCAGUUUGAUGGACCACUGGCAGGAGCAGGGGGAGCUGGAGCCCUAAGAUUUGAUGGGCCACCAGGGCAGCUGGCAGGGGCCCUGAGGUUUGAAGGACCCCCAGGACAGGUUGGUGGAGGAGGUCCACUGAGGUUUGAGGGACCUCUUGGGCAGAUAGGUGGGCCUUUGCGGUUUGAGGGGCCUGCAGGGCAGCCUGUAGGUGGUCCUAGAUUUGAAGGACCUGGAGUUGGCCUCAGGUUUGAGGGUCCCCGUGGUCAGCCUUCAGGUGGUCUCAGGUUUGAGGGACCUCAUGGUCAACCUAUGGGGCCUCGAGGUCAACCAGGGGGUGGUCUCAGGUUUGAGGGACCCCAUGGUCAGCCCUUGGGGCCUCAUGGUCAACCAGGGGGUGGCCUCAGGUUUGAGGGGCCACAUUUACAGCCACUGGGGCCCCAUGGUCAACCUGGAGGUGGCCUCAGAUUUGAGGGGCCACAUGGUCAGCCUAUGGGGCCACAUGGACCGUCAGGUGGUGGGCUCAGAUUUGAGGGGCCACAUGGACCAUCAGGUGGUGGACUCAGAUUAGAAGGACCACAUGGUCAGCCAGGUGUAGGUCCUAGGUUGAUUGAUGGACCAGUGCACCAGGGAGCUGGUGGACUUAGAUUUGAUGGUCCUCUGGGUCGGGCCGGUCCGAGAUUUGAUGGUUGUCAUGCAGCUGGAUUUGAUGGUCAGCCUGGACAGCUGUCUCUCCUGCAAAGAUUUGAUGGAAUUCAUGGACAGCCUGGUCCAAGAUUUGAAAGGGCGCCUGGGCAACAGGCACAACCACGAUUUGAUACAGCCAUACCUCAAAGAUUUGAUGGACCUCACCAGCCAGCCUCUAGAUUUGACUUGCCCCUUGGCCUUCAAGGUGCACGUUUUGAAAAUGUAGCUAACCAUCCUGCCUCAAGACUAGAAAUGUCACCAUAUGGACAAGGUGGUCCGUUUGUUGAACAUCCUGGCCAGGGCUAUAAUGGACCAUCUCAUGGGAUGCAAUUCCAGAGGCCUGAUAUAUUCGAUGGUUCACCUGGACCAAAUUUCAAUGGGCCAGCUGGCCCAGGAGCACAGAAUUUCCCAUUGAGAGCAGCUGGACAUUACUUUGAUGAAAAAAGUCUUCAGGGUCCUCAAUAUGGGAACUUCAAUAAUAUGCCAAUGGGAAGUAAUCAGGUUUCUCUCAUGUCUGCUCAACCAGGGCCUUAUGGCCAAGGUCAACAGUAUUUGCCAAACCCUGGAGGUUUUGUUCAGAACCCUGCAGGUGCCCUUCCACAUUCAUAUCCUGAUAACCACCUUGGACAGCUUGAUGUCAAUGAAUUGUUUGCUAAACUGCUGUCAACAGGGAUCCUCAAACUGUCAAAAACUGAUUCCACUUCAGCACAAGUGAAUGAAACAUCAGCCCAGCCAGCUGCUGAAGAGGAAGAUGAUGACCAGAAUGAAGAUCAAAAUGUUCCAGACCUCACUAACUUCACAGUUGAAGAACUUAGACAGCGUUAUGAUAGUGUUAUAAAUCGGCUGUACACUGGAAUUCAGUGUUACUCAUGUGGAAUGAGAUUCACUACUUCACAGACAGAUGUUUAUGCAGAUCAUUUAGAUUGGCAUUAUCGUCAGAACCGGACAGAAAAAGAUGUUAGCAGAAAAAUUACACACAGAAGAUGGUACUACAGUUUAACAGACUGGAUUGAAUUUGAAGAAAUAGCCGAUCUAGAGGAGCGUGCAAAAAGCCAGUUUUUUGAAAAAGCUCAUGAAGAGGUUGUGCUGAAGACACAAGAAGCUGCGAAAGAGAAGGAGUUUCAGAGUGUCCCUGCUGGACCAGCUGGAGCAGUUGAGAGCUGUGAAAUUUGCCAAGAGCAAUUUGAACAGUAUUGGGAUGAGGAAGAGGAAGAGUGGCACCUGAAGAAUGCUAUCAGAGUAGAUGAAAAGAUUUACCAUCCAUCUUGCUAUGAAGAUUACCAAAAUACAUCAUCAUUUGAUUGCACACCAUCUCCCAGCAAGACUCCUGCAGAAAAUCCACUAAAUAUAAUGUUGAACAUUGUUAAACAAGAAACACAAGAGUCCUGUGACUCACCUAAAGUCAAAGAAGAACCUGAUGACACCCCUACUGCCUGUGCAGAAGAGAGCACACCUGCAUCUACAGAUAUUAAAACAGAACCCGAUGAGUCUGUUUAAAUAAACUGAGGUAUGAUUUUUUUUUUUACAGAAGAGCUGCUGUGUUAACUCUGGAAGGCAAAUACUUUUUAUAUAAAAAUAAAAACGUUCAACUGAGGCAGGGCCUCAGCUACUGUUUGGUUAAUAAAUACAUUUUUGUAUUUGAAUUUCUUAUUGCCUGCACAGUUUCAGGUGUCAUUGUGUGAAAGUUCUGUAGAUGCGUGAAAAUUUAAUGGAAUGAAACGGUAUAUGUAAAAUUGUACAAUUUUCACUUGUGGAAAUGUAAAUUAUAAAUAAAAGAUAUUUUUGCUAUA